UUUUCAGUCGUGGCGUUAGAUUGGGUGAUUUGAAAACCCUAGAAUUUGGGCUUUCUUGCGUUUCUUUUCUCCCUCCAUAUCAGUGGAUCGCGCUUUCAACUCAACCCACUUCAUCUCAUUCUCAGGAAGGUGUUUGGAGUUGAGAUAAAAUGAGCACAACAGAGAAAAGUGGAUCAGGAACCACCAAAACCCCUGCCGAUUUCCUCAAAUCCAUCCGUGGGAGGCCGGUUGUUGUCAAGCUCAAUUCCGGUGUUGAUUACAGAGGUAUACUUGCUUGUCUAGAUGGUUAUAUGAAUAUUGCAAUGGAGCAGACAGAGGAAUAUGUCAAUGGACAACUGAAGAACAAGUAUGGCGACGCUUUCAUUCGAGGGAAUAAUGUUUUAUACAUCAGUACUUCAAAGAGGACUCUUGCAGAGGGGGCUUAGAAAGUAUUGGAAUCUGAAUUUUUUAUGGAAGACACUUAUGACUUUUAAAACCUUGUUGGGCUGCAUUUAUGUUGCAACUUUUGCCUAUUAUAACCGAUUUGCCCUGGUUAUAUAUUUAGGGUAAAGAGGUAUGGCCAGUUUGUAAAACGUUGAAAUAUUUUAGUAGAAUAUUUUAGCCUUUCUGAAAAUUCAAAAUUGUAAUCCAAACUGCUACCACUUCAAUGUUUGUUUUUUUAGAUGAUAGUGUGUUACAUAUUAUGCC